CAGAUGUGAAACUCUCCUGUCAGUGCCAGAAACCGCCGUCAUUUCGGCGGAGAAAGUCGAAUAUAAAUUCCCCCAGUACAACGACGAAAGAGGAGAGUUUGAUAGCUGAAGCUGAUUUUUAUUUAAGCUAUGCUAGUGAUAUGUUAAAGUGGAAACUUCUGAAUAGAAUUUUAACAUUUCAAUCAGAGUUAUUAACGAACCGGCCCCUUGUGCAUAUGAGUAUAGUCAAUCAUGGAUGCUGAGGUGCUAGCUACUGAAGAGAUCGUGAAGAUAGAAAUGGAGGAUGUAGAGGCAGACACCAAGCUGUUUGAACUUUAUAAUGCCUCUUGGAACUUGAGUUUUAAACGUGAAACGGAUGAAAACACAAAAAAUGCAGUUUCGGUUAGAAUUCCAGUUCCAGAAAUUACAGAUCAAAUAAACUUUAAAAGUGAGCCUGAAGAAGAAGUGAAGGUUGAAAGCUGUCUUGACAACAGUGAAAAGUACUCUGUUUUGGAAAUAAUGGAGGAAUUUGUAAUCAAAAAUGAGUGUAAUGAUGAUGACAUGUUCUUUAAUACAACUACAGAAGCAGUUUCGAAUAGAAUUCCAGUUCCAGAAAUUACAGAUUUCCUUAAAAGUGAGCCUGAAGUAGUGAAGGUUGAAAGCUGUCUUGACAACAGUGAAAAGUACUCUGUUCUGGAAAUAAAGGAGGAAUUCAUCAUCAAAGAUGAGUAUAAUGAUGAUGACAUGUUCGUUGAUACAUCUAUAGAAACAGUUUCCAAUAGUGUGUUGAAACAGCAGCCUGUAGAGUGUAAAAAAUUGAGCAGAAAUUUAGUUUAUUGUCAUAUUUGUGAUUAUUCUGCUAGAUAUAAGUAUAUUCUGGUUAGGCAUAUGAAAGAACAUAGAAAUUUAAAUGAACAUGGUUCUAGCUAUAAACAUAACACGUGUAUACACUGUAAUGCAAAGUUCAGAUCCAAAAGGAGUCUAGAUGAUCACGUCAUUAAACAACAUUCUGAUCUUGUCGAGUCCGUUUCUAGUAAAACUCAUAAAUGUUCGCAUUGCGCGUAUAAAUCAACCAAUAACGGUAAUUAUAGGAGACAUAUGCUGAAACAUUCUAAGACAGCAAGAGCAAGUAACUACAAAUUCGGCAUAUUCAUAUGUACUCACUGUAAUGCGAAAUUCAAAAGGAAAUGUACACUGUAUGAUCAUAUAAUUAGGGAACACCCUGAUUUUAUUUCGUCCUUGUCUUGUAAAUUACAUCAUUGCACACGUUGCGCUUACACAACAACCAUCAAGUCUCGUUUAGCUAGACAUAUGUUAUUUAAACAUUCAGAGUCAGUAACUAUAAAUUAA